AUGACAGAAGCUCAGGAAUGGUUGGAUCAAAAUUACCCAAAAGAAAAACGAAAUGACAUUAUAUCAUUAGAAUGUAAAGAUAAUACUCUAAAAUUAAUUGGUGAAUUACUUUUGGAUAAUUUUUGUGGCCUUGUAGAAUUGGAUUUGUCUCUUCAUGAUAUAACUAAAUUAGAUGUAAGCGACUGUUAUGAAUUAGAGAGAAUAAUUUUUGCGAACAAUAUUCUUACUAGUCUUCCUGGAGAUUUCAUUUAUCCUGAAAAAUUAACUUAUUUAAACAUAAUGAAUAAUAAUAUUGAUAAAAUUGAUUUGAAUUACUUUUGCAAAUUCAUCAAUUUAAAAACUUUAUUUAUAGGAACCAAUGACAAAUACAAAAUGGAUCAUUGUUUUUAUAAUCGUUUUUAUGGUCAUCUAAGAUCUUUAAAAGAUUUGACUCAAUUAGAAGCUUUGGAUAUUUCAAACACUGAUAUUAGCAAAGGCCUGAGUUAUUUACCAGAUAGUUUAAAAGACUUUAGAUUUAGAGUUUAUCGGCCUGAAGCCAAAGUUGCAAAAAUUAAAGAAAAACUUGAGCCUUUUGGGGAAGAUUUUAAGAAGUAUAAGAAAACUAAAUCGAGAAAACUAUCAUAUAAAAGAUUUGUAAAAAAUAAUGAGGUAGAAGAAGUUCAAGAACAAUCUGCGGAAAUUAAAAACUUGUUAAUAGUAGGGCGCACUGGUAAUGGUAAAUCAGCACUUGCGAAUGUAUUGAGUGAUACAAGCAGAUUUAAAGAAAGCGAAAAAUCAAUUAGUGAGACCAGAAAAUUUCUAGAUGAGAUAUUUACACAUAAUGGAACAACAUAUCGAGUAGUAGAUACAAUAGGAAUGGGAGAUAAUAGAUUAUCUAAAAAUGAUGUCUUAAUAGAAAUAACCGAAGCUGUCUAUGCUAUUAAAGAAGGAAUAAAUCAAAUUUUGUUUGUUGUAGGAAGAAGAUUCACUAAAGAAGAAAUAGACGCUUUUGAGUUAAUAAAAGGAGCUAUUUUUGAAAGUAAUAUCAUUAAACAUACUACUAUAAUAAGAACCAAUUUUCCUAAUUUCAAGAAUUCUGCUAAAUGUAAAGAAGAUCGUCAAGAUUUAUUUGAAGGAAAUGAAUUUCUUGCCGAAAUGCUAAACUCAUGCAAUGGAAUCAUUCAUGUCGAUAAUCCAUCUGUUGAAGUUGAGUGUGAGCGACGGUUAGCUUUUAACAGAGAAGACAGAGAAAACUCAAGGAAAAAGAUACUAGAUCAUUUAGAGAAUUUCAAAGAAAACUAUAAACCAGAUUUAAUGCCUUGGGACCAGCUAUAUUUAAAGGUUCGUAACUACAUGAAAAUAAAGCAUAAUUUACAAAGAUCAGAUAUUUCUUCUGAUGAGGCCAAUACGUUAAAAGCACAAAUGGAAAAAUUAGAAGAAAAAGUUGUUAGAGAAACGGACUUACAUUAUGCUGUACCGCCUUUUGCUAAAUUAUUAAUCAGUUAUAAUACAUGCCAAAUACUUUAA